CUGGCUCGGUUCUGUUCGGUUCGCUUGCUUUUGGACUCAGUUGCGAUCGGACUGCGUGCCGUUACAGUAGGCGAAAUCGGAGGAAAAUCGGUGGAAAAUUGGUGGAAAAUCGUUGGAAAAUCGAAGAAAAAUCGUGGAAAAGUAGAGCGAACGAUCGAUCGCGUAAUAACGCCAUAUAAUAUAAUUAUACUAAUAAUUAUUAGUAAUGCCUCUUGGUGAAACACACACACAUUUUGUGGGUGGAAAGAAACAAAACAGAGUCAAGUGUGCAACAGUUUCUGGUUCUGUUUAAGUGCCUAAGUGCCAUAUAAAUGCGUACUAAAACAUUUCUGGAAUUUUAAGUGGAAACAUUCUCGAAUUCUGUGAACUUUCCCAAUUGUGUUUUUAGUGAAAGACUUACAAUUUAGACGAAGCCAAGGAGAAAUUCCAACGCAGAGACACUUUGGUGGAUAUUUGGCAAGAAGCUUUUUGCUUUUUUUCGUGGAGCAACGCACUUUGUGAGGUGUUGCAGCAGUCACAUCAAAAGCGAUCCAAGGAAUCCACCCUCCAGAAGCCAGCGAAUGAUCUAUGGAACUCACCGUCAUCCACGCCCACGAGUGGAGCUCCUUUGGUGACAAUAUGGCUGCCAUAAAUCCAUCAACUCACUGAGUAUAUCACACACGAGCAGCCAUCUCCCCCCCAUAAGUGGAAGUUUUUGGGGGAAAGUAUUUCCGUUACAUCGAGAAGAGAGAUAGGUGAUCAUCGAGAGGAUCAUCUCGGCCUCAUCUCAUCAUCAACAGCAUCCGAUUGCAAUCGUGGGUGGAGUGGAGGAUCACUUCAAAGGCACACAUGUUGCACUGAAGAGGCCACUGUUGCAGUUGUUGUUUCCAUUAUAAAUUAGGAACUAGAAGAUCACCGAUCUUCUUCCGGCGCUGGCGAAAGAAGGGGGAGCGCGGUCCAAAUAGAGCGGAGCACUCUAAAGUGGAUUUCCGGUGAAUAAAAAACCAAGCAGCACAUGCGACAAAACUCCGACAAGGGAGUUGCCGUCGAAGUUGCAGUUGCACCACAUCCAGUGGCAGUUGCACAUCCAGUUGCACUCGCUGUUGCACAUUCGAGGGUGCUGCCCUGCCGGCAAGAGUUACAAAAAUAAAUAUACCAAAAAUGGCUGCCGCCUGGAGUUGGCGAGCCAGUCACUCGACGAUCACAAUGACAAGCGGAUCGCUGGUAGUACUCUUCCUGUUGCUAUCGAUUUGGCAGCCAGCAGUGCAGGUUGAAGGACGACGCCAAAUGGCCAACAGCCAGGAGAUGAUCAAGGACCAUCUGGGAGCCAGGAGUCAAAACAAGACACCAGCCAUCGCGAGCAAUGCUAAUCAAUCGAGCACAUCCAGUGCGGAUCUGGAUGAUGGCGCCGCGGAUGACGAUGAUAACAAGGCCGAUUUGCCGGUGAAUGUCAGUUCGAAACCCUACUGGCGGAAUCCCAAGAAGAUGAGUUUUCUGCAGACGCGACCCUCGGGCUCCCUGCUCACCCUCAAUUGCCAUGCCCUGGGCAAUCCGGAGCCCAAUAUCACAUGGUAUCGCAAUGGCACCGUCGACUGGACGCGGGGCUAUGGGAGCUUAAAGCGGAAUCGAUGGACCCUGACCAUGGAGGAUCUGGUGCCGGGCGAUUGUGGCAACUACACCUGCAAGGUGUGCAAUUCGUUGGGUUGCAUUCGUCACGACACCCAGGUGAUUGUAAGCGAUCGAGUUAAUCACAAGCCGAUCCUGAUGACCGGCCCAUUGAAUCUCACACUGGUGGUCAAUUCCACUGGCAGCAUGCACUGCAAAUAUCUGUCGGACUUGACCAGCAAGAAGGCGUGGAUCUUUGUGCCCUGCCAUGGAAUGGCCAACUGCUCCAACAAUCGAUCCAUCAUUGCCGAGGAUAAGGAUCAGUUGGACUUCGUGAACGUUAGGAUGGAGCAGGAGGGCUGGUACACGUGCGUCGAAAGCAACAGCCUGGGUCAAUCCAAUAGCACUGCCUAUUUGCGAGUGGUGCGAACUCUGCACGUCUUGGAGGCCGGAGUGGCCAGUGGUUCACUCCACUCGACCAGCUUCGUGUACAUCUUCGUCUUUGGCGGACUCAUUUUCAUCUUUAUGACCACCCUGUUCGUCUUCUAUGCCAUCCGGAAAAUGAAGCAUGAAAAGGUGCUGAAACAACGCAUCGAAACCGUUCACCAGUGGACCAAGAAAGUGAUCAUCUUCAAGCCCGAAGGUGGCGGAGACUCCAGUGGUUCCAUGGACACCAUGAUCAUGCCGGUGGUUAGGAUACAGAAACAGCGCACCACUGUCCUUCAGAAUGGCAACGAGCCGGCUCCCUUCAACGAAUACGAAUUCCCACUGGACUCGAACUGGGAACUGCCCAGAAGUCAUUUGGUACUGGGUGCCACUUUGGGAGAAGGUGCUUUCGGACGAGUGGUCAUGGCAGAGGUCAAUAAUGCCAUAGUGGCCGUGAAAAUGGUGAAGGAAGGACACACGGAUGAUGACAUUGCCAGCUUGGUGCGCGAAAUGGAAGUGAUGAAGAUCAUUGGGCGACAUAUCAAUAUUAUUAACCUUUUGGGCUGCUGCAGUCAGAAUGGUCCACUCUAUGUGAUUGUCGAGUAUGCGCCACACGGAAACCUCAAGGACUUCCUCUACAAAAAUCGACCCUUCGGAAGGGAUCAGGACAGCUCGCAACCGCCUCCAUCGCCACCAGCUCAUGUGAUAACCGAAAAGGAUCUGAUCAAGUUUGCCCACCAGAUUGCCAGAGGAAUGGACUAUUUGGCGUCGCGGCGAUGCAUCCAUCGAGAUUUGGCAGCCAGGAAUGUGCUCGUCAGCGAUGAUUAUGUGCUGAAGAUUGCUGAUUUUGGACUGGCGAGGGACAUCCAAAGCACGGAUUAUUAUCGAAAGAAUACGAAUGGCAGACUACCCAUCAAAUGGAUGGCACCAGAGUCGCUGCAGGAGAAAUUCUAUGACUCCAAGAGCGAUGUCUGGUCAUAUGGUAUCCUGCUGUGGGAGAUCAUGACCUAUGGGCAACAACCAUAUCCCACUAUCAUGUCCGCGGAGGAGCUGUACACCUAUCUCAUGUCCGGUCAGCGGAUGGAGAAGCCAGCGAAAUGCUCCAUGAACAUCUACAUUUUGAUGCGACAAUGCUGGCACUUCAACGCCGAUGAUCGGCCACCCUUUACGGAAAUCGUGGAGUAUAUGGACAAGCUGCUCCAGACGAAGGAGGACUACCUCGAUGUGGAUAUCGCCAAUCUGGAUACACCGCCCUCGACGAGCGACGAGGAGGAAGAUGAAACGGACAACCUGCAGAAGUGGUGUAACUAUUGAACGAAUCAGGAUCCUUAGAUGAGUUCAAGCAAUUGAAGCCUGGUUUUUGAACCAAAGUCAAAUUGUUAACUAGAGAUUAUGGAGUGUCCUUUAAAUCCUUGUUAGGAUACAAAAGAAUCCUACAAAUCGUACUACACUCGAAUUUAUGUAUAUAACUCUCAUUUAAGUCUGUAUAUCUCUUGAAACAUUUUACCAAAAUUGCACCAAAGGCGUAAAACCAAAAACAAGCAGCUGCUCGAAUUUACUUCUAGUUUAGAGUUGAUUUAAGAUACACCAUAAAACAUGUAAUAGUAUAUGCGUAGUAGUAAGUUAUGCUUAAGACUCGGUUGUAUUUUCUGUUGUAUUUCAUAUUGUACUGAUCUUUGUAGUAUUCGCAGUUUUAUACUCGCUAAAUUAUACUCGUAGCCCAUAGAAACACAACAAUGUUCUAUCUUAGCGUUAGUUGCAUGCCGCAGUGCCUUAUGAAACAAUAAAUGUUGUACACGAA